AUGCCGAAGGAGACCGUAUCGCGGUGGAGCGAGUCGCGCUAUACGAACUUGCAAGUACCGAGCUACGUUCCCUCUGAAGCCCUCAUGCACGAAGAUGGGCAGUUUCUGCGCGCCUUUCUUCUCCGUGUGUUAGCGAAUGAUAUGCAACGCAUGCUCGCCACCAACACGUGCGCUGCGUACUUCCGCAACAUCCCACUGGAGCCGGAGUACGACGCGAGUGGAAACCGCACCAACACGCCUGAGAAUGUGGUGAUGGAAAAGCGACUGCGUGUCAUGGACGACAUUAGCAAGCUCCUGCGCACUUACGUGGAACGGGCCGAGUACGCGGCCAACAAGUCCAAGGACAUCAACCGUCGCAUCUACUUCACAGCGGAGCAGAUCGAAACGGGCGACUUCGGUGCUCUCAUCGGCCCGCGGGGCUUGGUGCAUCAGCAACUGGAGAAGGAGACAAACUGCCACAUCGUGCUGGUUGGGCGUGGCAUCACCAAUCCGCUAAAGGACACAAACCCGAAUGCGGCCGCCAUGGCGCUGGAAGACCCACACGUGCGCAUCACCGCCACCACGGAAGAGGAUCUGCAAACCGCUGCCGAGCGCAUCGAGUGGAUUCUGUCCGAUGAGCCGGAGGCAGUCGAGUUCCGGGAGAACAACCGCCGCCGCAUGGCCCAGGUGGACGGCCGCUACGAUCCGCGUACGUGGAUGACAGCGGCGGAGAAACGGAAGAAGGCAGCCGCGGAGAAGGCGGCUGCAGCGGGCGACGACGAGGCGGGGGCGGAGAAGGGUCGAAAACGGGUGCGCGAGGAGGCACCGAUUGAAGAGGAAGACACCGAGCUCAACGAGUUUCUCGAAGACCUGUAG